GAAGGUUGUCAUGGUGGCAGAUUCAAGGUUGUCUUGCUGUCGCGAUUUUAACUCUUAUUUCCCUAAUUAAUUCUCUCCAUUAUGCUUUAAUUCAGAUACGUGAUUGACCGAGUUAUGCAUCGCAGAGAUGAUGGACACCGAUCCCAUACAGGAGCUCCACAGGGCAGCCGAGCAGGGUGACCUCGAUCAUGUCAUGGCUGCUCUAGAAACAGACUUGGACAUUGAUGCCACAGACCACGACAACAACACGGCCCUCCACAUUGCCGCAGCUAACGACCAUGAGCAGCUAGUAGCCUACCUUGUUAACAAUGAUGCCAAUAAAGAAGCUACAAAUAGCAUGGGCUGGACACCGCUGAUGCAGGCAGCACGGCACGGUCACUUGAAUGUGGUUCUUUUACUGUUGCAAGUUGGCGCGUCAGUGGACACUCGCAAUAGGCUCGGCAUGACAGCGCUGAUGUUAGCUUCAGUGAGUGGGCACAUGGCCACAAUCCGUGCCCUUGUUGAUGCAGGGGCAAAUUACGACCCCUUGCCCUCCCUCAGCUCAAGCCAGAUCACCCCUUUGAUGAUUGCCGCCCAGCACGGAAACGAUGCAGUGGUGCGGCUCUACUUGGACAAGGGCGUCAAUGCCAACAAGGCGGUUCCUAAGACAGGCAUAACACCGCUGAUGUUCAGUGCAGCUGGAGGCAACAUGUCCACCGCACAGAUCUUACUGGACCGAGGAGCAGACCCCAAUGCCAUUAGCGCAUGUGAGUUGACGGCGCUGGACGUAGCUGCUUCUUGUAACCGACCUGACAUCGCAAACUGCCUGCAGAAAAAGACCACAAGGCAGAAGAAGAAAGGGGCUCUCUGUGACAUAAUGGAUGCAGCCCACAGGGGAGACAUGCAGGCGUUGACCGAGAUCCUGAUGGCUGACCCAGGGCAGUGUCACACCACAACGCCCGAUGGUGCUACCCCUCUUAUGGUGGCUGCCAUGCUGGGACAUCGGCAGGUGGCGCAGCUGCUGUUGCAGUAUGGCGCCCUCAUAGAUGCUCAGGACCACAAGAAUGGUUGGACAGCACUCAUGCAAGCCAUCUAUCAUAGACAGACAGAAAUGGCCAAGUUCUUAAUCCAAUGCGGUGCAGAUGCCAACAAAGUGACUCACAGAGGAUAUACUGCCUUUGAUUUUGCCAGCGAGAUGUUAGAUACAGAUGUCAUGCGCAUCUUUGUUGAAGCACAGGUUUGGGAUAAAGUGUCUUGGCAAUUUGAUGACAAAGGAGCAUUAGGGAGUGCUCGUUGCUUGCUCGCUCUGUGCAACACUUUUGUGAUGCCGAUGUGUAGGGUGAAAAAAAGGGCCAGCUACAGCUCUUGA